AUGUCGUCAACGAUUCCUAUUUUCCUAUGUAACAACUGGGAUCAAGUAUCCAAACAAGAGGCUGAUUCCAUCAAACAUCGCGUCGUCAGGGCACUCAGAGAAGAAUGGCAUGAAUUAGACCCAGAUUUUCAAAUCAUUUACAUUUCAUCGCCUAACGCCACAAACGGAGGACUAGUUGUUGAGGAGUUUGCGUUGCUGAUGGAUGCUGUUAAAUCCAGCGCCUUGCAAAAUAUUAAAGCAACGUUGCAAAGGCAGUGGCGGUGGCUUGACUUCGUCAUUUCACGUAUGGCCUACCACAUGAAAAUGGUCAUGGAUUUUCUUUGCUCUCCCACAGAUCGCAAAAUCGUCUCUGAUUUACACUCUGAACGCCUUUGUGACGUUGAGAAGCGGCUGUGCUCAGUAGAAUACGAGUUGCAGGAGCAUUUCAGAAAACUGGCAGACGACGCUGUAAGGAUACUGUCCAACCACCUCCAGUCUUGUAAAGUUGUGGAAAAAUUUACCUCGUGGACGCUAGACGAUAUUCCAGACACUGGAGAAAGUUGGGAGGUAACCGAUUAUUUUAUCCAAGAUGCAUUGAGGGAGCGACUUCAGAACACGAUUGCUGCAUGGGAAGACGAGAACCAAAUGUUGUCUCGCGCUCGCACCUUUAUGGUCCAACUCUCCCACCAGCGGUUUGAUGAAAGCAAGAGUUUCCUUCCUUUCCGAUACCUUGAGAACUCCGUCAUCGCCGAUGAUUAUACUGGUGGACCAAAUAUUUGCCUGACCUCAAAUGACUUCGGCGCGGCCCAAAAAGUUAUGAUUGGGGUGACAAGUCCAAUUUGGGUUCCAGUUGGCUUAGCAGUUUUAGUUGGCAGUGUCCCUGUCAUUGGUGCCGUGAGUCUUACAAAGAAGCGUUGCUGGGAUGGAAAACCCAACAAUCGACCAGAUGCAGCAGAGUGUCACAAGGUGUUAACUAGGCUCUCCCAGAAAGUGUACCCACAAUCGCCAUGA